CUUCUCAGAGAUCCUAUGCGCAUUACUUACAUUUAAGAUUAUGAGAAAGAUGCAAACUUAUUUUUUGCAGGAUUUGAGUUGAAUAUAACACUUAAAUAAUUAGAGGAAUUCUUUACAAAAUGGGGAUAAGUAGUAAGUGUCAAAUUAUCAGUUGAUGAAAAUAAAAAGAGUAGAGGUAAUUAAAAUUCUUAAAUUAUUAUUAAGGUUAUGGUUGGGUUUAAUAUGAAAAGAAAGAUUAAGCUAAUGCUUUGUUAAUUGAAAGUUAAUAAAAUGAAGGAAAAGUUUAAUAUAAUGAAAAGACUUAAAUUAUUGUUAAAAGAUUUAUAAAGAAAGGUACAAAUGAACGUGAAGAUAAGAGAUGUAAUUUAUAUAUCAAGAACUUUUGGACUUCAUUAGAUGGUAUAGAUUUAGAAGACAAUUAAGUUAAAGAAUAAUUAGUAUGAAUAAUCAAAUAUUUAUAAAAGGAAACUGAUAUGCGUAAUAAAUUGAAUGAAUGGUUCAGCACUUAUGGUCCAAUAAUUAGUAUAUUAGUCAAAGUUGAUCCUGAACGUAAAGCUCCAUUUGCUUUUGUCAGUUUUAGUAGACAUCAAGAUGCCAAAGAAGCAUAAAGAACAUUAGGUACUAGUUUAGGAGCAAAUCAAUAAAAGGAUCCUUUGAAUACUGGAAGAAAGAUGUAUGUAGGUUGGGCAUAAACAAAAACAGAUAGAAAAUAAUAAAGAGAUAAUAAUAUCUAUUCAAAAUAUAUUUAUGCUGAUCAUUUGAAUAGAAAUGUUACAGAGGAAAUGAUUAGAUAAACAUUAAAAGAUGCUGGUUAUGGUGAUAUUAGUAUGGUAUUAUAUACUAUUUUUAUUCUUUAAUAGAUUAGAUUAGAAAAGAUGCAAUAAGGAUUUUAAUAAAUCAUUAGAAUUGGAUAUAUUGUAUUUGAAUAAGCAUAAGAUGCAAAUAAAUUGAUCAAAUCUUUCAAAGAGAAUGAAAAAUUUGAUGAAAUAAAAAAUCUUUUUGAUUAAAAUGUUGAGUAAGCUGGUGGAAAAUACUUUCAACAUCUUUUUCCUUAAUAAUCAUAAUAAAGAGGAUAAAGAAGAACUAAUUAAAGAUAAUCUCCAAUUAGAAGAAUGUAUUAAAUGCCUGCAGGACCAGCUUAAUUUGGUAAUAGAAUGCCAUUCCCAUUCCCUAUGUAAUAAAGAAUUCCAAAUGGUGGAAUGAGAAGACCAUAUCAAUAAUAAUAUCCAAAUCCAAUUAGAUAAACUCCAUUACCACCUCCUUUAUAAUAGAUUACUGAUUUAGCUCCAGUUUAAACUGUUGCAUUCAAUAAGAGAUAAGAUUUAGUCGAAUUAUUGAAUAAUUUAGAAAAUUUCAAGGCGAAACCAGAAGAAGAGCAAUUGAAAUAAUUAUAGUAAUCAUUUAAAUUAAUAAUAUUUAGAAUGAUGUUGUAUUAUAGAAUAAAAACAAAAUUAAAUUAAGAUAUAGAAUCUCAUUGGAAGAAGGUUAGUGAAGUACUUUCAGAUCCUUCUAAUUAUACAGUUGAUGAAAUCCUCGAUAUGAUUAAGAAUGAAGAUUAAUUUAAUGAAUUAGUAGAUGAUGCUGUAGCUUAAUUGAAAGAAGAAGCACAUUGGUGAUAAAUUUAUUGUUUGUUCAAAUAUAAAUGUAUU